CAACAUUGUAUUUGAUAAAUUUGAUCUUCGCAUCCAAAAACACAAAAAGUCGUACAACAAUUCAUUACACGAUACCCACACGGCCACACGUUAAUCUUCAUUGUCAAAAAACGAUAUAAACUCGUCACACUUGUUCUUGGUGUUUAUUACAAUUCAGAAUUUUAUUACAUUUUUUCUAUACAAAAACAUAACAUCUGAAAUACAUCAAAAAAAAAAAAAAAACUGAAAUACAAUGGAUCUAGAGUUGAAAGAAGCCGCAUGCUCGGGAAACGUAGAUUUCCUGAGAAGUGUUGUUGGCUUAAAACCAAUUGAUGAGUACUUCCUUACUAAACUUUCACCAAUGGAUGAAAAUAUUUUCCACCUCGCGACACGGUGUGAGCAAUCGGAAUUUCUUGAACUAGCUACGGAAAUAUUACCGGAACAGGUCCAACAAAAACUCCACUCUCAGAAAGACAAGAAUGGUUGUACACCUCUUCAUAUGGCCGCUGGGCUGAAGCAAUCGAGGCAAAUCAGCCUUAAAACUGUGAAGCUCAUCCUUGGGUUUUACAAAUCAGGGGUGCCGGUUACUAAUAAACCAUGGUUAGAGCAUAAUCAGAAUGGUUAUACGCCGUUACACUUGGCUAUUGAGGUCGUUAAUGAAGAGAGUGCAAUGGAGAUAUUGUCGAUGGAUGUGGAGUCGCUCUGCAUGAUGGUAGACAAGAAGGAAAACGACAGCGCACUUUUCCUUGCUGUCAAAAAUGGGUGCAAUAAGGUUGCUGAGAAGAUAUUGUUGUCCUCCUACUCUUAUAGUCUUCGUGGGAAAGAUGGUUCCACUCCCCUUCAUUUUGCACCAAAUUCUUCAGAAAAUGUAUUAAGAUUGCUACUAGAGAAACAUCCUGAGCUAAUAGAUGCCGUGGAUCACAGUAAUGGUUACAAUAUGCUUCACCAAUGGGCAGAAUUGAAUCAAGUUUGGCCGAUUGAUUUCCUUUUACGGGGAGAAUUUCCGGCUGCGAGGACGAAAGUCUUCACGGAUUUAAUCACAAUGAAGGCAACGGAGGAAAAUCUGUUUGAUACUCCUUUACAUACGGCAGCUAGAACACAUAAGAAUGUCGAAAUUACAAAAUCAAUUAUAAAUGGUUACAAGCUAGAACAGGAAAUGAAAGCAGGAAAUAUGGAUGAGUCAACUGAUUACUUUCCACCUUGGAGAAUAGGGAAUAUAUACAAACAUACGCCUUUGCUUGUUGCUAUAUAUGAGCAACAAAACGAAGAACUUGCACUGUAUUACAUAAACCUCGAUUCGACAUUAUGUCAUAUGUUCAGCGAUAGUGCAGAGAGCCCUCUAUUUGCUGCUGUUGGUGACUGUUGUGAAAACGUUGUUGAAGAAAUUUUGAAUAAUCAGGAAGUUACUUUCAACAUGUUGCGUAAAACUAAGGGAAAUACUAUUCUUCAUAGCUUAUGGAAAAUGCCAGGUACUUUCUUUGUUCUUUUAUAUUUUUAUGUUUUCACGCAUCAUCCACACAAAUUACUUAUACUAAAUUUUAAUAAUGCGAUGUCAGACUUUUUUGGUUAUUCACCUAAUUCACUUUGACUAAUAGUAUUAUGUAAUCAUAUAAUAAUAUA